ACCUUUUGUAAUUUAGAAUACAAACAUCCGAUUCCGAAUAGGAGAGUAAUGUCACACUCAGAAUCGGAACAAAAUUCUAAUUACUCGAAGUUCGCGUUAAUUCAGCUUUUAAUUAAUCAUUUCGCACGUUUCGAGUUAACUUCCCAGUCUAGUAUCCAACCAUUAGAAUAAUUCUCGCCUCUCGUUUUCGGCCGCCGUAUGUAGUGUUGUGUUGUGACUCUAAAUGGACGAUGGAAUGAUCCGAGAAGAUAGACUGAAAAUGUCGAGGUCUGUCUUCUCCUCACCGUGUUGCCUGCGAUUUAAAUUCAGCCCGGAGGAAAUCGAACAAAGGUAUCGUAGUCAAGAGAUCGACAAAAUGAUCGAGAAAGAUAAACAGAAACUACGCAAACAAGUCAAGCUGCUGUUACUGGGCGCUGGCGAAUCUGGUAAAUCAACCUUUCUCAAGCAAAUGAAGAUUAUUCACGGCGUCGGUUUUGAACCAGAAUUAAUCGCCGAGUUCCAAAUGAUCAUUUAUCAGAAUAUCAUCAGAGGGAUGAAAGUUUUAGUCGAUGCUAAGAAUAAACUCGGUAUACCGUGGGAUACACCAGAAAACAAAGAAUAUGGCGAUUUCAUCAUGAAUUACGAUAAUAAAGAUAAACUAGAUACUAGACUGUUUAUAGCAUACGCGCCAUCGUUAAAUCGACUUUGGAAAGACGAAGGAAUUCGGACGGCUUAUGAAAGGAGACGAGAAUUUCAGAUUAGCGACAGCGUGUUUUAUUUUUUAGAAAAUUUAGAACGGAUUUCCAGGAUUGAUUAUAUGCCGACUAAUAAGGAUAUCCUGCAUUCGAGGAAAGCAACCAAAGGCAUAUCAGAGUUUACCAUUAACAUAAACAAUAUUCCAUUUAGAUUCGUUGAUGUAGGUGGUCAACGUUCGCAAAGGCAGAAAUGGUUCCAAUGUUUCGAAUCGGUUACAUCGAUUCUAUUUCUAGUUUCAUCGUCUGAAUUCGAUCAAGUUUUAGUCGAAGAUAGAAAAACCAACAGAUUAGAAGAAUCGAGAAACAUAUUCGACACUAUAGUGAAUAACGUUAUCUUUCAAAGCGUCUCGUUUAUUUUAUUCCUAAACAAAACGGAUCUAUUGGAGGAAAAACUCAAGUCAAAACGAUCGAAUAUAAGUUUGAAUUUCCCUCAAUUCGAAGGCGAUCCGUUCAACAUUACCGACGUACAAGCUUUCCUUUUAGAAUUUUUUACGAAAGUCAAAAGAGAACCUCAUAAACCACUCUUUCAUCAUUUUACCACCGCCGUGGAUACGGAGAAUAUCAAAGUGGUAUUUAAUGCCGUCAAAGAUACCAUUCUGAGAAGAAAUCUACAAUCUUUGAUGCUUCAGUAGAAUAUACAAUUUUAUUCCGCUCAAUUUUUUCGUUACUUACUAAAGUAUUACUUAUUUUAUUUUUCUGAACAAUUUCUGCUCCUUUUUUUAUGUAUACUUAUUAUGUUUGUGUGUAUGUAUGUCAGCUAGAGCUAAUGUAUGAGAGGAAACUACAAAAAAACCGGUGCAGUCUGGUGAAUGAGUAAACAUUUCGGGUAACUUUCAAUCAUUUUUUCCCCUUUUCUCGCACUCAACUUCGUUGAAACGCCAUAUUUGAGAAAUUACUCGCUUAAUUAUAGUUUUAUAUUGUUUUUUUUUUCAAUAUUAUUGUUUAGUUUCAAACUCGAGAGAAUUUUUUAUAAAAAAAAAAAAACAAUGCUCGCUAAGACUGGCAUUUUUAAUAUUGUUGUAAGGCAUUUUAUUGAUUGCCUAAUUGGCUAAUCUGUAUCCUAUCUCAUCGUUAUCACAUUUUUUUUUUACUUAUAAAUUACGUAGAAUAAAAUAUUAAUAUGUAAAUUAUAUACGUAUAUUAUUUAAUAUGAACUAAUCGACCUUUAUGCAUAUCGUUUUUUUUUCUAUUAUUAUUUUUCUCUUUUUUUUAUUGUAUAUUUAUUUUUUUUUACUGGAUCGAAUUUUCGAAAGUCUUCGAAUGAAACAAUAAUUACGAAUUUUGUACUGUAAUAUUGUACAGGUACCUGUUGAGUUGUGCGUAUGAUAAGGUGUGUUACCUAUUUGAUUAUUUUCUCUUGUUGUAUUUAUUGUUGAUUAUCGUAUAUUGUUCUUUUUUUUUUUUUAUUCAACUGUGAUUACACGCAUUUUGUAUUAUAGAUAUUUUACAACG